AUGGCCAGGCGUUCGUCACCCGACAGCGCGCAGCGCAGCGCUGCGGUCCAGCGCCUCUUGGACAGCGCAGACGCGUCGCUGAGUCUGCUCGCGUCUCUCGGCGACGCGCCAAUGCACAGCGCGCGCCACGUGCCCGACACGUUGACGGCCCUCCCCGCGCCUGCGUCGUUCGAGCCGUCCUCCACACGGCCCCCCACGACGACCUCCGGCCCUCCCGCCGACGCGUUGUCGCUCGCGUACCCGGUGGUCCGUCCGUCCGCGCUGUCGUCCGACCUGCUGCACGUCAAGGGCGUCUUCCCCGACGCCUCGACCGAGUACGUGGAUGUGGACGCUCGCUAUACGACGAUCGGGGACCUGAAACACGCGCUCUGUGCGCGCAGAGGCUCAGCAACGGACUUGGGCCUUAGUGCACGUGACGCGCGUGUCAUGUUUGGUGGGCAGCUCGUGGAGGACGCGUGGCUCGUUGUGGACUGCGGCGUGCGCUGGGAAGGGGCCAUUUCGAUCGUUCGAGCUGCAGCCGUCGACAAGGACAAGGACAGACAAAGCGCGCUGAAUAGCUAUAGCAGCUAUGGCAAUUCUAGCCAUGGCACGACUCGACGAUCGGACCCGAAGCUGUCGAUCUCGUCGAUCGCGUCGGUCUAUCGACAGGAGCAGCCGCAGUCUUUGUCUAUGGCUAUGUCGGACGCUACCGACCUCGUGAUGACCGAGUUGGCGACGUUUGAUCGCUCGCUGGCGAUUGACAAUGUGCCGUCGACGCAAGGCGUGAGCUUGUUGUCGGCUCGUGUGCGACCGGAAGAAGCGUCGUUUGCCGUGAUGGCAGCGGACUUUUACGACAAUGUGGCGCAGGUGCAGAACUCAGAUCUGUAUUGUGCGAAGCUGCUGCGUGGCUACAUUACUGUGCUGCAGAAUCGACUGGAAAAGCUGGAAGCUGCACUUGCGGACAGUCGGAAAACUGCAUCGACCGUAACGCGCGAGAGGCUGCAGAAGGACAUGACGGAGUUGCGUGACGAGCGCAACACGUGGCGCUUAUUGUUCGAGCUGCGGCAGGUGUGCAGCACACGUAAGCAGAAGGUGGAUGAAGAGAACGUGUUGAUGGUGCUGGGAGCAGAGAAAGAAGAUCUACGGUUUGAGAUGCUGGAGGACGACGCCAUGUGUUUGUUGGAAAAACAGAGUGAAACGUUCAUGGUUCAAAUGGCAGUCAAAGCCUGGUUGGAGAGCAUGGCGCUGGAGAAGACGAUCACCAUUAGUGAAAAGCGAGGAACUGCUGGAUCGCGUACGUUGACAGUGAUGAGAAAACAAGGUUUUGCUGGAGGAAAGGUCCAGCUAGAUCCCGAUGCAGUGCUGCGCGACGGGGAUAAUCAUGUUCUGCCCGAUGACAUGGAGGACGAAGCUGAGUUGCUGAAAGCUGUUUGGUUGUAUGUUCGUGCGGGGCGGAUGGUCGACGCUACUGACUUGUGCAUCCGUUUGGGUCAGUCCUGGAGAGCGGCGAGCCUCUCGGGAGGCAAUUUGGUUGGUGUUAGCGAACCGAACGAGCGUGAUGAUCUGCCUCUCGAGCGACGGGGCAAUCCGAUGCGUGCACUUUGGAAAUCAAUGUGCUGGCGCUUGUCCGAACAAGCUGCUAACGGGAAACUAACUCAAAGCAAAAGUCUGCUUGCGAAAAAGUACGAGGAGCUUACAUAUGCGGCGCUGAGUGGUAACAUUCAGGUUAUUACGGGAAGCCCGCUGUGCGAGAGCUGGGAAGACCACUGUUGGGCAUAUCUACAGGGCAUUACGGAGCGCCAGGUUGACGAGAUAUUGUUCAAGCUUCUGCAGGUGAAAGCUCAGUCGUCACGGUUGGUUGUUGGCAACGAUGGCCGCCAUUUACGUCACUUCACUAAUUUGCUGGACAAGACGAAGUAUUUGAAACGCUAUGAACCGGAUCUAGAUGCACUGUUUGAUGAGCUGCGAGGCAGCCAAAGCGAGGUUGUCCGCACGCAGGCCAACCAACCCCACCGCCAAAUCCAGGCCAAGUUGGUAACAGGCAAGUUUCAGUACAUCGUGUCAAGUGUUUUGGGCUCGCUGCUCUUGCACCCGGGGGACGAUUCGUACAACUGGGACUUGCAGUUGACUACGACGGUACGAUCCGACGAGUUUUCUUCGAUAUUUUUGCGCUUUGCCGUCCACUUCAUUAUGCUCGCCGGCUACACUGGUGAACAUUUUGACGAGCGAACGGGUCAUAUGAUUUUGAAGCUGUAUAUUCGGUAUCUGGUACAACAUCGCCAGCUGCAGUUUGUGCCAGUCUAUGCGUCUCGACUUCCGACUGCAGGUUUGAUCGAGGUGUAUGUGCAGAUGCUGUCUACUGUUGACGAUCGACUAGAGCGCGAGCUGUGCAUCAAGCAAGUUGCAGAGCACGCCGGUAUGGACAUCCUGUCAACUGUGCUACAAGCUGUUGUUGAGCGUCUGUGUGAGGAAUAUCGAUCGGUAGCUCAAAAACAGCAAGGCAAGCAGGGUCAACUAGUGUCUUUUGACGUUGCUACAACAGACGUUGACAGGAGGCGUAUUCGGGCGAUUGAGUUUUUGUGCUUCUUCCCCGAGCACCGAGCGGAGGCGUUGGUCCGUACAAAUUUGCUCACACGGCAGUUUCUUUUCGAGGGAAAGUUUGCUGCCCUGAAGGAGCUUGUUGAGGAGAGUCUACCAGAGGACUCUAUUGGCGUUAUAGAUGGGGCCCGUGCCGCCCAAUCGCUGCGCACGGGUGACGAGAUUGAACAGGCCAUGCGCGAAUUUCUUUGUUGGCGCGCAUAUAUCCAGGCUUCUGCGCAGUUUGAUCUGUGGAGAAGUUGCGUGAGCAGACCUGCUGUGGAGACGCUAUCACUCUAUAGUGAAGAGGAGGACUACUUGGCGGAAUUGAUAUUCCACGUUUCGCGGUCGACAGCUGCAACGCUGGAGGUGCUGCGCUUUGAAAACGGAUGGCUUGUAGGCUGCUCUAGUGAUGCCACAGAAGAUGCUGCCAUCCGAAAGCGUUGUCUGCCGCCCCUCGUGUUCAAUUUGCACUUUAUACAGCUCGAGUCAGCCAAGACAAUCAUGCGUUUGGUCCGUUACCCACAGAAUGCCAAGGUGGAGCUUGCACGGCCCCUGCUGGAAAAGUCGAUCGAGGUCGCUGACGUAGUUGCUGACGAACAUUACGGUGUGUACAAUACGCUGGACCAGGAUAAAUGUCGGGAUCUGCUGCAUGGCUUUCGUGAAAGCGCUAUAUCGCUGACAUUCAUUGAAAGUAUCGCGACUUCUCCUGACUUGAUCAAGAAUAAGUGCGGCGGAUUACUUUAUGAAGGUUAG